AUGGGUACUCUCCUAAGGCCUACUCCACCUCUUAUGCUGUCCACCACUCAGAGGUCUUAUUCACCACUCUCCUCUCUUUUAUUCCUUCCAAAAACUCAAUCCUCUCCAAGAACACUUCAUCACAAAAUUCAAAGCAACAAAUUUGGUUGCUUUCUUGAUCUAAAACCCACAUCAAAACCAGAGUCUUUAAAUCUUGAUGUCCCCUGGCUAAACCCCUCCGAUCGGUCUCGCUUAGAUCUGAUCAUAAUCGGUGCCGGCCCGGCUGGUCUCCGUCUUGCCGAACAAGUUUCUCGUUAUGGAAUUCGGGUAUGUUGCGUUGACCCUUCGCCGCUCUCCAUGUGGCCUAACAAUUAUGGAGCCUGGGUAGAUGAGUUUGAGGGCUUGGGGCUUGAGGAUUGUUUUGACAGAACAUGGCCUAUGGCUUCUGUUCAUAUCAAUGACCAUAAGACCAAGUAUUUGGACCGUGCCUAUGGCAGAGUCGGUAGGAAGGAGCUAAAGAUUAAGCUCUUGGAGGGUUGCGUUUCAAAUGGUGUCAAAUUCCAUAAGGCCAAGGUCUGGAAAGUUGAUCACCAAGAGUUUGUAUCUUCAAUCAUUUGUGAUGAUGGAAAUGAACUGAAGGCAAGUUUGAUUGUGGAUGCUAGUGGAUUCACAAGCAGUUUUAUCGAAUAUGAUAAGCCUAGAAACCAUGGAUAUCAGAUUGCCCAUGGAAUUUUGGCUGAAGUGCAGAAUCACCCCUUUGAUUUGGACAAGAUGGUUCUUAUGGAUUGGAGAGAUACCCAUCUGGGGAAUGAGCCAUAUUUGCGCAAUAGUAAUUCAAAAACUCCCACUUUUCUGUAUGCAAUGCCAUUUGAUUCGAACCUGGUGUUCCUAGAAGAGACUUCCCUGGUUAGCAGGCCAGUUUUAUCGUAUAGGGAGAUCAAGGAGAGGAUGGUGGCAAGGUUAAGGCAUUUGGGAAUCAGGGUGAAGAGUGUAAUUGAGAAAGAGAAGUGUCUGAUUCCCAUGGGUGGACCUCUUCCUCUAAUACCACAAAACGUGAUGGCAAUAGGUGGGAAUUCCGGUAUAGUUCAUCCCUCGACAGGGUACAUGGUGGCUCGGACUCUGGCUCUGGCUCCAGUGCUUGCUGAUUCCAUCGCAGAGUGCCUAGGUUCAACACGAAUGAUCAGAGGAAAGCCACUGCAUAAAAGAGUGUGGAAUGGGUUGUGGCCUAUUGAGAGGAGGUGUGUAAGGGAGUUUUACUCUUUUGGGAUGGAGACUUUGUUAAAGCUUGAUUUGAAUGGGACUAGGAGAUUCUUUGAUGCUUUCUUUGAUUUGGAUCCUUAUUACUGGCAUGGGUUUCUCUCUUCAAGGUUGUCUCUUGGAGAGCUUGCUAUGCUGAGUUUGUCUUUGUUUGGGCAUGCCUCCAAUUCAUCAAGGUUGGAUAUUGUUACAAAGUGUCCUGUUCCAUUAGUUAAAAUGUUGGGCAAUCUAGCAGUUGAAACCAUUUAAUUAUUGGAGAUUGUAG